AUGCUUUUGGUGGCAUUCUGUACAAUAUACGAUUUUUUUGAUGAAAUAACUGAAUUUUAUCAAAAAGUGGAUCAGGAUAUUAAGUACUUUACGAAGUACGCUAGUGACGCCAAGAGAACCAUGAUCAUGCGGCCACGAAUGACAGAGCGUGACAUAUUUGAAGCCGUUGUACGAGUGAAACGAAGUGUGGCUGUAUUUUCCACUUAUCAGUGCGAUGUUUUAAGGUGUUCAGAAGCUGAAAAUUGCACCAAGGAUUUCUCGUAA